AAAAGCAACCUUUUCCUACCACAGCAACAAGUUGAUACACGUUUCUGGGAAGACGGAGUUGCGCGGAGAAUCUCGAAUCUCUGGUCAUUCGUCGAGUGUUUGUCUAGAGUGGUGGUCGCCCUCCUGUGAGUCCGGUGUUUGCGCCAGUGAAUUCUUCCAGAAAAGUGCCAAAGAAGAGCGAGCGUCGUGUUCUCAGUGCAUAUUGUCAAUGAAUAACCAGGACCAAGCCAUGUCCACGCAGGAUUCAUUUUCCGAUUUAGCUGUUCUGUUACCUAACCAUGGUUCCUUUGACUUGGUCAGUCAUAUUACUUCGCCCGAGGACACUAACUUCGCGUCUGACAUUCUGGAAACGAUGCUGCAGAUGAAGCAGGAGGUCGUCGAGACGCCGCAGAUAAUUUCCAAAGAGUAUUACAAGGGGGAUUACGAUUUCGAGUUGGAGAUUCCACCGAACCACGGCACCAAAGCUCAAUGGGCGUUUUCGUCGCCGCUCAACAAACUUUUCAUAUUGAUGCAUCAACGAUUCCCAGUAUAUUUCAAGUGCAACAGAUCUCAGGAGCGACUUUACGUGCGCGCUACGCCGAUCUACAGCAACGAUCAGUUCUCGCAGGAUAUAGUUCAUAGGUGUCUCGGACACUCUCAGGAGAGCGAAGCUUCCAAUCGGGAUGUUGCACCUGAUGUCAUCCAACACAUCAUUCGCGUGCAUUCGCCGGGCGCUGAGUACGUGGGAUCGAAAUCGGCCAAAAAGACUUUGAGCGUGGUGUUUCCGUUGGGGGAGCUGCAAGCAGGCGACAACUGUCAUCGCCACAACUUCGAGUUCUUCUGCAAGAACUCCUGUCCCACCGGCAUGGACAGGAAGAGCAUCGACGUGAUAUUCACGCUCGAAAACGAAUUUGGCGUUAUCCGGGGACGGCAGACGAUAGGAGCGAGGAUCUGCUCUUGCCCGAAACGCGACAAGGACAAGGAGGAGACCGAUUUUUACGGUAAAAGAGCCCCGAAACAAUUGACGUCCGUCCCCAACGGCAAGAAACGCAAACAGGCGACCGCCACCGAAGACUCGGACAAGAUCUACAACCUGCAGCUCCGCAUAGCCGGAAAGGAUAACUACGAGGAAUGCUUGAGACUCGUGCACGAUCACAUGCUCGGAAGCAUCGAUCGUCAAGGUCACACGCAGAACAAGGCCAGAUGUCUUCAGGAGAUCAAGAAGAAGAUUGCCAGUCGUUCCGAAUGACCGAAAACUUCUUCCAUCUCCUAAAAAUAUAUUGUUUUCCUCUUUUAUUUUUUUUACUUAUGUGGACCAAGCCAUCUGUGUACGGUGCAAUUUUCUUUAUAUGUAUUUGUUUUUUU